AUGCAUCCCUCAUUAACUGGCACUCCAUUACGAAACCGCGGAAACUUUACGUUGCUCGUACUAAUUAUUUGUGUUUUUGUGCAUAUCUAUCUAUCUAUCUAUCUAUCUAUCUAUCUAUCUAUCUAUCUAUCUAUGUUACGAAUCCCCCUCCCACCUUUGAUCAAAGCAGUUGAAAACGAAAUCGAAACCGGAUUGCCCUAUUGUUUUAUGAGUUUAUUGCAUAUCCAAACCCCCUACCAACCCCCGUGUCACAUAUACCCCAUCUCUCUCUCUCUCUCUCUCUCUUUCAGUUUCCUCAUUAUUUACACCUUAUUUCCUACUUUCUCUUUGUUCAUAUUUUCCUUCUUGCCUCUUUUCUUUCUUUUUUUUAUCAACUUCACUUUCUUUCUUUCUUUCUUUCUUUCUUUCUUUCUUUCUUUCUUUCUUUAUUUCUUUCCCUUUUUUGACUGGGCAGCAUUAAUUACCCUUCCCCUGUAUAUAUCUAUCUAUCUAUCUAUCUAUCUAUCUAUCUAUCUAUCUAUCUAUCUAUCUAUCUAUCUAUAA